GGGUUCUCGGUCGCCAGCCAUUCCUGAGGAGGACUGCGGGUCGUUCGGACGUUUUGCCUGUCGCUGUAGGAGGGCUCCCGUCUCUCCGGGAAGGCGGCUGCGGCGUCAAGAUGAAGAUCUUUGUGGGCAAUGUCGACGGGGCGGAUACGACGCCGGAGGAGCUGGCAGCCCUCUUCGCGCCCUACGGCACGGUCAUGAGCUGCGCCGUCAUGAAACAGUUUGCCUUCGUGCACAUGCGCGAGAACGCUGGCGCGGUGCGCGCCAUCGAGGCCCUUCAUGGCCACGAGCUGCGUCCAGGUCGCGCGCUCGUGGUGGAGAUGUCGCGCCCAAGGCCCUUGAACACUUGGAAGAUUUUCGUGGGCAAUGUGUCGGCUGCAUGCACAAGCCAGGAAUUGCGCAGCCUCUUCGAGCGCCGUGGACGCGUCAUCGAGUGUGACGUGGUUAAAGACUACGCGUUUGUUCACAUGGAGAAGGAAGCAGAUGCCAAAGCCGCCAUCGCGCAGCUCAACGGCAAGGAAGUGAAGGGCAAGCGCAUCAACGUGGAACUCUCAACCAAGGGGCAGAAGAAGGGGCCUGCCCUGGCUAUCCAGUCUGGGGACAAGACCAAGAAACCAGGGGCUGGGGAUACAGCAUUCCCUGGAACUGGUGGCUUCUCUGCCACCUUCGACUACCAACAGGCUUUUGGCAACAGCACUGGUGGCUUUGAUGGGCAAGCCCGUCAGCCCACACCGCCAUUCUUUGGUCGCGACCGCAGCCCCCUGCGCCGUUCACCUCCUCGAGCCUCUUAUGUGGCUCCCCUGACGGCCCAGCCAGCCACCUACCGUGCCCAACCCUCAGUGUCACUGGGAGCUGCCUAUAGGGCCCAGCCUUCUGCCUCUUUGGGUGUUGGUUAUCGGACUCAGCCCAUGGCAGCCCAGGCAGCCUCUUACCGUGCUCAGCCCUCUGUCUCCCUUGGGGCCCCAUACAGGGGUCAGCUGGCUAGCCCUAGUUCCCAGUCUGCUGCAGCUUCCUCUCUUGGCCCAUAUGGUGGAGCGCAGCCCUCAGCCUCAGCCCUUUCCACCUAUGGGGGUCAGGCAGCUGCAGCUUCUUCGCUUAAUUCCUAUGGGGCUCAGGGAUCCUCCCUCGCCUCCUAUGGUAACCAGCCAUCCUCUUACGGCGCCCAAGCUGCCUCUUCCUAUGGGGUUCGUGCGGCUGCUUCUUCCUACAACGCACAGGGAGCAGCUUCUUCCCUAGGUACCUAUGGAGCUCAGGCAGCCUCCUAUGGUGCCCAAUCUGCAGCUUCCUCACUGGCCUAUGGAGCCCAGGCAGCCUCUUACAGUGCCCAGCCCUCAGCCUCUUACAGUGCCCAGUCUGCCCCAUAUGCUGCCCAACAGGCUGCUUCCUAUUCUUCCCAGCCUGCUGCUUAUGUGGCACAGCCAGCCACAGCUGCUGCCUAUGCUAGCCAGCCAGCUGCUUAUGCUGCACAAGCCACUACCCCAAUGGCUGGUUCCUAUGGGGCUCAACCAGUUGUUCAGACCCAGCUGAAUAGUUAUGGGGCUCAAGCAUCAAUGGGCCUGUCAGGCUCAUAUGGAGCUCAGUCUGCUGCUGCGGCCACUGGUUCCUAUGGCGCAGCAGCUGCCUAUGGGGCUCAGCCUUCUGCCACCCUGGCAGCUCCUUACCGCGCUCAGUCAGCCUCUUUGGCUGCUUCGUAUGCUGCUCAGCAGCAUCCCCAGGCUGCUGCCUCCUACCGUGGCCAGCCCGGCAGUGCCUACGAUGGGACAGGCCAGCCGUCAGCAGCCUACCUGUCUAUGUCCCAGGGGGCCGUUGCCAACGCCAACAGCACCCCGCCGCCCUAUGAGCGUACCCGCCUCUCCCCACCCCGGGCCAGCUACGACGAUCCCUACAAAAAGGCUGUCGCCAUGUCAAAAAGGUAUGGUUCCGACCGGCGUUUAGCCGAGCUCUCUGAUUACCGCCGUUUAUCAGAGUCGCAGCUUUCGUUCCGCCGCUCGCCGACAAAGUCCUCGCUGGAUUACCGUCGCCUGCCCGAUGCCCAUUCCGAUUACGCACGCUAUUCGGGCUCCUAUAAUGAUUACCUGCGGGCAGCUCAGAUGCAUUCUGGCUACCAGCGCCGCAUGUAGGGCCAUCCUGGGGAUGGGGCGCCACAGGAAGGGAGAGAGAGGAAGAGGUAGGGUAGGGUUCAGACCCAGGUCAUCACCACCCUGUUUCAUACCUCUCCCAAUGGUGAUUUUUUCAUCCCCUCCCUCUACCAUGUGGGCCUUCCCCAGGAGAGGACCAUUUUGUAUUUGGCAGUAGCCUGCUUUGUUUCUUUGCCUCAGCAGCACAUCUUGCUACUGGCUUUAGAUCUGCGGUUUUCCCCUACCCUGCCAUCUUCCCAGAAUGGGCAUUUCUUUUAUAUUUUUAUUUUUUUCCUGGCUCCCUUUAUUUUUCUGCGCGAUACUUGAGGUUGUUUGGAGGGUCAUACAACCUACAGCUGAUGUCGGGCGGCGCGUUUUUCUUUUUAGAUGUGAGGGAGGCCAGGAAAGGGUUACUUCAACCAUUUCCUGUGGGCCAACCUAUGCCAGCAGUCCAGGGGGCCCUGACUGUCCUCUGUAGAGACUAUUGAGACUGAGAUCCGGUUGGGACAGUCAGGUGGUAUGUGUCCAGAUCCCUGCUUGCCACUGAAGUUUAGCUGAUGGUGACUGGCAUAGUCCCAAUUCCCUAUCUGCCCAAGUAGGUGGUGUUAGAAACCUUAAUUUUUUUUCCUCUUUUGUAUGGACUACAAUAAAACUUGGGGCGAUUUGUGGUUUGGAAACCUGGUUGUCAUUGUCUUGAUUGCAUUCAGUGUCAGGUGAGCCAGUUUGACAUCCAGGAAGACAUGACAGCUAAAGAAAGGCAGCCUGAAGACCCAGAAUAGGUAUGGAAAGGUGCUUGAAAGUGGGGUUAAGUUCAUUAUCAUCUUAAAUGGCAUGCCAUCUUUAGAACUGGAGAGCAGACGGAUCAGUUUCAGUUGAUCACAUAUUCAGAACAAUGCCCAUUUUCCUCUGCUUAUGUUUGACUAAUGUCCAUGACCUUUUCCCAGUUCAGGAAACAAGGCAAAAACUACAAUCCUAUAGGAUGGUUCAGGCUGAGAUCUGACUGGGAUUGGGUAAUGGGCUGCCGCCAGUGUUGACAAAGCUAAUGAAUCCAGGCAGUAGGCUUGAGUGAGUGUUGAGGCUGGGACCUGAGAGAGAAGCCAUAGUGGAGUGGAGGUGAUGUCACUAUCCGGUACUGCCCUGUGGUUGGAGAAAUGAGGGGCAAGGAAAAUAUGAAGCAUAAGGGGCUAUCUGACCAUAUCGUGGUACUUCGCCUGUUGAACUUCAUCAUGGAGCAUCCUUCAUGUGUCCUGCCAACUUCGGUCAUCACAACACCUGUCUGCAUCUAUUAUGGUUUUUAGAUACCUUUUUGCUGGGUUUAUAUCUGAAGGUAUUAUAAAACAUUCAUGAGAAGUGGCUGGGGUGCAAACAUAAUCAAGAAGGAAUGCUGAGAUUGAGCAAAGAAUUGAUAUAGAGCUUGUCUGGAAGAGGGCUGGAAGACCUGGGCAGUUUGAACCAGGGAUAAAAUGGAGGUUUGAACUUGAUGGGUAGAUAAAAGACUGGUUAAGUGGAGUGAUAACAGAAUCCUGACACUCCUUGGGGAAGGAUGCUUUAGAGACAUUGGGGCUUGGUGGAUUAAGGUAUGUGAGUGCACGUGUGAUUGCAGCUGCACAAUAGAUGGGGCGGGUUGUCUCUGUCUCCUUCAUUGGCAUCAUCGGAACUUGGCUGUGAUAGUAGUUUGCCCCAAAUGUCUUCUUCCUUCUGCCCAUCAUGUAAAAAAUGCCUCAGACUCACAAGUUCUUAUUUGUGGCUAACGGGUCAAUGUCAGGGAGUACUGGGGUCAAAGGUCUUUUAUUUGCUUCUCUUUCUGCUCAUCGCCUUGCCUUCAGGUGCUUUGCUGCUCAUAUUCAUUCCUCUUCAGAAUGGGGGUAGAAUGGAAAGAUAAGUUUCUUAAUACUUUUCUCUGUGAUGGUAGAAUGAUCUGAGAGCUAAGUUACAGACUUGAUGUGACUGCUCUGGGGGAGUAGAGGGUUGGAUGUAGGGCCUGAUUGUGGCCUAGGUAUUUGUAGUAUCUCUGUCAUUUUCCUUUUCCUCCUGCCUUUGUUCUGCCACAGUCACAAUUCCAUGGUUCCUGCAGAAAACAAAAACAAUCUCCCCCCUCCAACCAGCUUUAUGUAUUCCCAGGGCCAGUGUUGAUCUUUUUUACAGCUAAACUCAAAGUGAUUUGGUUUAUUGGAUCAGUCUAACUGUUGGCCAUCUUUAGAUCCUGAUGCUUCAUUGCCCCAGCCCUCAGGGUUCUCAUUCAAGCCAGAAGGAGCUACAGAGCUAAAUCAUUUGUCAUUUUCUUUUCUCUUGCAGAUUGUUAAAAAAAAACUUUAUUUAAAUUAUUCAUCUCUAUUAAUUCUAUAACCCACUCAUACUUUGCUUUUUAUCGAUAUCUGAGCUUUAAGUUCUUAAAACUUGGGGAAAGAUGGGUUUGGUGAAUGGGCGGACAGAAAUGUAAUGAGUGUUUUGGGGAAAUGGAUUUUCAUCGCAUCUUCAGAACAUUCAACUUCUACACAUAGCAUCUCUACAUGUUGGCCAUAUUGGAGAAGUUUUGUUGGUUUAUUCCUGGAACAAGACAUACACAGAGACUUCUAACCUUAUCCGCCUGCCCUCUUCAGAGGUUUGGCUUUUGUUUUAAAUUCUCUUGGCUUGCUGGGGCUCCAUUUCUUAAAAUAGAGAUAAUGAGAGACCAUCAAUGAGGAGCCGGUCUCUAGAAGUGUGCUACUUUUCUAUACAGCCCCCUUGUGUCCCCAGCUAAGCAGUGUCAGAGUCCUUGCAAUCUGUUGGUUCUCCAGGCAUUUUGUCCUAUCAAGCCAAGUCAAGGGACAAGUAGCAUGGUAAAGCCAUGAUGAAAAUAUAUUUACUAGAUUUAUGGACUGGCGUUAUUUAAUAGAAGUUUGGGUAAUAGAGAAGAUAAAAUAGUACACAGAAAGCUAAUAUUUAUCUAAAUUAUGUUUUAAAAAGAUGCUAAAAUAAGGCCUUUUCUUCUGAAAACUCUUAAUUUCAGGUCUCCCUCUGACUCAAUAAUUAAAUCUGUAUCUAUAAAGUUUGAGAUGGCAGUGCUUGGGAGCUUGGUCUGGGGUUGGCUGGAGAGAGCUCCGCACUGGAAAGUAGGACCUACCCCGGCGAACUGUUAGAGUUAAUGAGCAGUGCUAGGCAAAGGGUGGACGAAGGAGAAGGGGAUUUGUCAGUGGCUAGAGAAUACUUUUUUUUGGUAAGACUUAACUCAGGUUUGAGUUUGAAUCCUGACUCUACCUCUUUUUUGGUUUUCGAUACAGUUUCUCUAACUUGAGCCUUUCCUGGAUUUUGUCUGCAGACCAGGCUGGCCUCAACCUUACAGAGCUCUGCCUGCCUCUGCCUCCUGAGUGCUGGGAUUAAAGGCGUGCGCUGCUACUGCUCAGUCUGGCUCUUCCUCUGUAGACCAGGCUGGUCUCGAACUCACAGAGAUCUGCCUGCCUCUGCCUCCCGAGUGCUGGGAUUAAAGGCGUGCGCCACCAUUGCCCGCUGGCUCUUCCUCUUAACUGUGUGAUAGUUGAUAUGUCAGUACUUCUGCCUUGUUUUUAUCAUCCAACAAUUUUUUUCUUUUUUAAUUUGAGACAGGGUGCCACUCUGUAGCCCUGGCUGGCCCAGAAUUCAACAGGUAGAUCAGGCUGACCUUAGACUUAGCUCUCCGUGGGCCUCUGUCUCAUGAGUGCUAUAAAGAUGUGCACCACCAUACUCAACUUUGUUCUUUUCUAAUUUUUUGUUUGUUUUGAGAACAGGGUCUUAGAUGUCUGAGGCUGGUCUCCCAACUUCAUGUGUAGCUUAGGAUGACCUUAAAUUCAUAUCUGUCUUCACAUCCCAAGUGCUACAGUUACUGACAUGUACCACCAUGUCCUGUUUAUAUGGUGCUUGGGAUGUGAAUGACUCCAGGAACGCAUUCAUGCUAUGAAGGAAGCACUCUACCAACUAAACCGUGCCCUUAGUACCUCAUUUGACAUGAUCAUGGUCUAAGUAUUGCUUAAAAUCAUUUUUUUAUUAACCAACUCAGAAAUAUCAAAAGGUGAUAGUAGUAUCAAAAAAGUCAUUUUUAGUUUGGCGGUGGUGGCACACACCUUUAAUCACAGCACUUGGGAAACUGAGGCAGGCAGAUCUGAGUUCAAGGCCAGCCUAGUCCACAGAGCAAGUUCCAGGACAGGCUCCAAAGCUACACAGAGAAACCCUUCCUGUCUUGAAAAAAAGAGAAAGUCAUUUUUAUAUGUCAAUGUUCAUUGAAACCAAAAUACAUUACCUCUUGUAAUUAUUAUUCCAUAAUAGUUUCUAAAAGGGUGAGUGAACAUAAAACAAAUGAGGGUAUGUAUUAUACUCAGUUACUAAGUUUCAUUUUUCGGGGCUCCAGAGAUGCCUCAUUGCUUAAGAGUACUUUCUGAUCUUGCAGAGGGUCCUGGGUUUGGUUCUCAGAACCUACUUGGCGGUUCAUAACAACCCUUAACUCUAGUUCUAGAGAAGCAUAGCAUCCAAUGUCCUGUGUGGGUCCUGUACAUGGUGCACAUAAAUUCUCACAGGCUCAGACUCAUACAUGUAAAAAGAAAUUCAUCUUAGGAAUGAGACAAUAGAGUCAGGGGACACUGAGCUGACCUGGUGAAACACGUAGUUUUGCAAAGGACUUGGAAUAUAGGUUUGAAUGCAACACAUAGGAGUCAUCUGAGUUUUUGCUGUGAGUGCUGCAUAGCAGCAUAGCAAUGACAACCUACUAGACUACACCAAUAUGGACGACCCCCCCCAUCUCUGGUGACACCAUUUUGUGUCUUAGGAUGACUUUUCUUUUGCUUAUGAAAAAAUAGUUUGCAGUACAAGGGACAUCUUUUUUUAAAUUAAUUAAUUUAUUAAUUAAAGAUUUCUGUCUCUUCCCCACCGCCGCCUCCCCUUUCCCUUCCCCACGAGGGACAUCUUGAAUGGAAAGGAGUAGAAAUAAUAUAGUUAGCCAGUGGGUUUGGAGUGGGCACACUUGGUUAUUAGCCUGUUGGCUCCCUGUGAACAUCCUUGAUACUGGGUUUUAAUUUGAGCCUUUGUCAAACUUGUGACUCAGUUUUGGACUAGGGGCCAGUUAUUUAUUAGGAGUGUAAAUUAUUAGAUGGACGUGUUGGCUUGUGGCUAUAUUUCUAGUUCUAGAUAGGCUAAGGCAGCUGGGUGGUGGUGGCACACGCCUUUAGUCCCAGCACUCAGGGAGACAAAGGCAGGUGGAUCUCUUGAGGUCGGCCUGGUCUACAAAGUGAGUUCUGGGACGGCCAGAGUUACACAGAGAAACUCUGUCUCGACAAACCAAAAAGGAAAAAAAAAGGCUGAGGUAUUUAAGAGUUUUUAGUUAUGUUGCUGGGGAGUGAACCCAGGUCCUCCUUGCUAGGCAGGCGUUCUAUGAUUGUGCUACAUACCUAGCCCUGGCAGACAAGAUGAUUUAAAAAUAGAAGACAGUAAAAGUGCUUCUGUAGGUGGGAUUAUAGUUAAGGUAGAGGGUUUGAAAUUGGUGCUGUAACUUUCUGUAAGGGGAAUACCAAGUUCCUAGAGCUGUGAGCAAAUAGACAUCAGUGUGAACACUUGGUCUAUAGUUAACCUCGUUACUGAAGGCUUCGUUUUGCUAUUGUCAACGUCAUGAUGAAAAGCCACCUCUGACUUGAUGAUCAGAUUUUGUUUUGAAGAAGAUUGAAACGUCGUUCUGGUGAUGAUGAGCACAGAUAACUUUUCCUUCAAGUACUGGGAUUCUUCUGUGCAAUAGCCCUGGCUGUCCUGGAACUCACUCUGUAGACCAGGCUGACCUCGAACUCACAGAGACCUACCUGCUUCUGCCUCCCAAGUACUGGGUUUAAAGGUGUGUGCCACCACUGCCUUGCUGAAGUACUGGGAUUCUAAAGUAAGGACGCUUAUCAUUGAGCAUAUACCUCUAGCCAGCAAGCCAGUAUAACAUGAACUGAAUCCAAUCACUUCCUUCCUCAGAUAUCAAAAAGUUUUCUCAUGCAUUAGUUUUUUUCCUUUCCUUUCUUUUUUUUUUUUUUUUUUUUUUUUUUUUUUUUUUUUUUUUUUUUUUUUUUUUGAGACAGGGUCUCUUUUUGAGACAGGGUGUCUCUUUUUUUGAGACAGUCCUAGCUGUCAUGGAACUAGCUCUUGUAGACUUGUGGACCAGGUUGGCCUUGAACUCACAGUUCUUCUGCCUCUGAUUCUGGCCUGCAUUCUUUUCUUAGUCAAUAAAUAUUUGAGGGUCUUUCAUGUUACCAAAGUAGUUCCAGCAUUGAGGGCAUAUAAUAUGGAAAAUGAUCAAGAUAGAAUUUCAAGUAAUUGUAAUUAUUUGCAAAAGUAGUAUGAAGUGAUCAGUUACAAGUCAGGGUCUGUGCCUUUAGAUGGAGCGGCCAGUAAACCGGGUGGUGGUGGCGCACACCUUUAAUCCCAGCAGAGGCAGGCGGAUCUCUGUGAGUUCGAGGCCAUCCUGGUCUACAGAGCUAGUUCCAAGACAGGCUCCAAAGCCACAGAGAAACCCUGUCUCGGGGGUGGGGUGGGGUGGGGAAAGAGCGGCCAGUAAAAGAUCUGAAUAGAGAAUUAAAAAACCAGUCUUUAUUUGGUGGUGAUCAAGCAGACUGAGACUGUAGCGAAAACCUGGUUGGGUAGUUUGUUAGUCCAUAAAGAAAUUGGAAUAUGCCCCUCACUCCCGUUUUUCUUCUAGGCAGACUCAAACUAUGUAGGCUUGACUAACCUGGAACUUGCUAUGUAGACCAGGCUGGCAUUGAACUCACAGAGACUAAUUGCUUCUCCCUCUUAUGUGCUGGUAUUGCCUGUUCAGCUGUAGUAGAUUUUAACAACCAAGGACAUGAUUUUGAUUUGGAGGUUGGUUGGUGGUUUUGAUGUCUGCACACUGGCAUGAAUUGUGAUCCUUUGAAUUGUUACCUAGUCUCUACCUUUGAACCUGUAGAGAUUCUAAUUUAGUGAAUGAAUUGGUCUUGUAUGCUAUUGCAGGUAUUUUUCAGGGAUUUCGGCAUAAGAAAAUUUAGAAGAUUGAACUGAGAGAAAAGAAUUUCUAUACUAUAUGUGUUUCUGGAUGCAUAUUGAGUUGUGAUAAUGUAGUAUUAGACCUCCUCAGAAAGGUCCAGGGUGGUAGAACUGGUUGUAUUGAUUACUGAUCUCAGGUUGCCUUUACUCAGACUCAGGUGCAUCAGAGUGAAAUGAAACGUGGCCAUAUUUAAUGUCAUAUUUUCACAUGGGGGGUGGGGGUUUUGAGACAGGGUUUUCUGUAACUUUGGAGCCUGUCCUGGUGUCCUGAAACUCGCCAUAUAGACCAGACUGGCUUUGAACUCAGAAGAGUUUUGCUUUGUGAGACAGGGUUUUUCUGGAUGUCCUGGAACUCUGUAGAACAAACUGACCUGGAACUCAGAGUUCCGCCUGCCUCUGCUUCCUAAAUGCUAGGGUGAAAAGUGUGCGCCACAACUGCCUAGGUUUUAACUUUAAAAAAAAAAAUACCUUUUCCCAUACUUAAAUUAUUGGCUAGUUUUCUGUCUCUGAGUUAGGCUUAUUUUCUGUCUUUUUUGUUUUAGUCNCCCCCCCCCCCCCCCCCCCCCCGCCGGUUUGGGUGGCAGUAUGCUGUUUGUUCUUCCUUUCCCCAUCAUCCUGUUUUCAUGAAGUUGCCCUGCUUUCUGCCUGUUCAUGUUCAAGUUAUCCAUUAAGCACCUUUCCCCUUUUAUCCCCAUCUUCAAAAGCUGCUUUGCAACGGUCGUGACUAAAGUUGCUUGCUCACUGAGUAUGGGAUUAUGUGAAGCAACCAGUGGGUGAGAAAAAUGUGAUGAGGGCAUUGGAUCCUGUGAAGAAUGUCGUUUGUACUUGUUUGCAGCUCAUUGUGACAAAGCCUUUUCUCCUAAGGUCAGUUCUAGGGAGUUUAAACUUAACAGCUCUGGCUAAUGGCACCCAAUAAAACAAAACCAAACCAAACUUUUGCCGUUCCUGUUUUUUGCUUUUGUUUUUGUUGCUUUUUUUUUUUUCCUUUUGGGGGUGAGGUUGGGGUGGGGGUCAACUUUUAUGUUUACACAACAUUUUGGGUGGUGGGAGGCUAGAGGGAUCAUUUAUCCCAGUGCCUCCUAGGUUUCUGGCCGGCUCAUUUCUGGGCCAUUACACCGUAAUUGAAGCUGGAUCUACGGACUGUUUUAAGAGUUUUUCAACUACCUAGUUUUAAUUCCUGGGUAGCUAUGGCACUCAGGAGGGCCAAAGUGGAAAUUGCCCAAGGCUGCGGUUGAUUUUUAAGUAAGGGCGGGUGCUCGGCUAUUUAUUGCGUGUGGUCUGUGUAGGCUGGACGGAGGUCUGUGUAAACUGCGGGGUGUAGUCAAUUGGAGGGUGCGAAAUCUUGGAAUAGAGGACUGAAUACAGUCAGAGCGUGCACGUGGAAGUGGUGGAAUGUGAAAGUUUAACCAAGUUAGGGCCAUGAAGCUACUGACUGCCACACUGAGACUAUCGCUUAGUCUGCCUAAUGGCGGGUCGCACUUCGAAGAAACCCACGUUUGUGGCUCCUCCCUCACAUGAACCUCCUG